UUUCAGUCAAGGUUUCUGCUGACUCUCUCUUUGAUAUAAACCAUCCCCUACACAACAGGCUAACUAAGAUCAAACAAUGACCAUGUCUCACAAAAUCCUCUCUCAGUUUAUUUUUAUCUUUGUUCUGUUUUGUUGUACGGACACCUCUCAUGGAAAGCUGAUUAUGGAAGAAUCAGCUGGUCACAUGAAUGGUUUCACGACUCUAACCAACACCAAGAAGAACUCUUAUGGUCAAGCCUUCAACGACAAACCAUUCCCUUUCAAGACUUCUGCAAACGGUUCACUGACUUCAUUCUCUUUCACCUUCUUCUUUGCCAUCGUCCCUGAGCAUAAGAACAAAGGCUCUCACGGUAUGGCCUUUGUGAUCUCUCCAACUAGAGGCAUCCCCGGUGCAUCCCCUGAUCAGUACCUUGGUAUCUUCAACGCUACAAACAACGGAGAAAGCUCUAACCAGAUCAUUGCUGUUGAGCUUGAUGUACAUAAAGAUGAUGAGUUUGGUGACAUUGAUGAUAACCAUGUUGGUGUCAACAUAAACGGCAUGAAGUCCAUCAUAUCUGCUCCUGCAGGUUACUAUGAUCAAAAGGGUGAGUUUAAAACCCUUUCUUUGAUCAGUGGCAAGCUACUUCGAAUCACUAUUCUGUAUAGUCAUGAAGAGAGACGACUCAAUGUUACAUUAUCACCACCAGAUGAGACUUAUCAUCCCAAACGGCCUCUUCUUUCACUGAACCAAGACCUGUCACCUUAUCUUAAGGAGGAUAUGUACGUUGGCUUCACAGCCUCCACUGGAUAUAUUGGAGCAAUACAUUACAUGCUGAUGUGGUAUCAAUAUACUUUAAUCAUUGUUCCACAGCUGGAUUUCGCUAUACCGAUCUUUCCUCCAUAUCCAAUGAUAGAGUCUCAGGUGAAACGGAUUGUUUUGGCAACCUCAUUGACUUUGGCUCUCUUUGUUGCCUUUGCUGCAUCAGCUUUACUUCUUUUCUUGUAUAAGAAGCAUAAGAAGGUCUUGGAGGUUCUUGAGGAAUGGGAAAUAGAAUGUGGACCUCAUAGGUUUGCUUACAGUGAACUCUUUAAAGCAACAAAUGGUUUCAAGCAAAUUCUAGGUGAAGGAGGGUUUGGUAAGGUCUUUAAAGGCACACUUCCAGGUUCUGAGACAAAGAUUGCAGUUAAACGGGUUUCUCGUGGUUCGAGUCAAGGGAUGAGAGAGUUCUUGGCUGAGGUAACAACCAUAGGUCGUCUUAGACACCCGAAUCUAGUUAGGCUUCUUGGUUACUGCAGGUACAAAGAAGAACUCUACUUAGUUUAUGACUGUAUGCCCAAUGGAAGCCUUGACAAGUACCUGUACGGAUCAGAUCAAGAACAGCUCUCUUGGAGUCAACGUUUCAAGAUUAUUAAAGACGUUGCUUCUGCGCUCUCCUACCUCCAUCAUGAUUGGUUACAAGUUGUGAUUCAUAGAGACAUCAAGCCUGCGAAUGUCUUACUUGACGAUAAGAUGAAUGCAAGUCUUGGAGAUUUCGGAUUGGCAAAGCUACAUGAACGUGGACAUGAAGUUCAAACCUCUAGAGUGGCUGGAACAUUCGGGUACAUGGCACCAGAGCUGGUGAGAACAGGGAGACCAACCACGGGAACAGAUGUUUACGCCUUUGGUGUGUUUAUGCUUGAAGUUUCUUGCGGUAGAAGAAUGUUUGAGCCACGAGCUGAGUCAGAACAGGCUGUUCUUCCUGACUGGGUGGUUAACCGCUGGGAAAGAGGUGACAUCGAAGAGGCGGCUUGUGAAAGAAUCAGACAAGAUCAUGAUAAGGGAGAGCUAGAGCUUCUUCUGAAGCUAGGAGUGUUGUGUUCACACCAGGCUGAAGAGGUUAGGCCGGAUAUGUCUACGGUGGUUAAGAUAUUGGAAGGAGUCUCUGAGCUUCCUGAUAAUGUUCUUGAUAUUGUUAGAACCGAGAAGAAGGAGAAAUGGUACGAGAAUUUCAGCGAAGUGCUUGAUUCCACGAUGGAGUCUGCAAGUAACUUGAACGUUACGGAACCGAUAGCUUCCUUGGAGCGGACAAAGUUGCUUCUCUAGUUGGUGGUAUUGAUAGUAAACAAUCACAAGCAAACAAUAUGAAAAAAUAAGUUAUAUGAAUGAUUGAAAAUACUAGAUUAUGAGAUAAUUAAGGGAAAUGAUGGGAUUACCUAUGUAAUAAGCUCUUGCAAGAGCAGUAGACUAUGUUGUAGGUUUUGUUUUUAAAUAUCAUUAGAUUGUCUUCUUUAAUUUACUCUAUCAGUUUCUUUGUGUUUUAACUUAUUUUGUUGGAGUAUAAAGUUCACUGUAAAAAGCUUAUUGAUUCUGUGAUCUUUCCUUCGUAAGUUUAUGAUUUGGAUACCAUGUUGUUAAUGACUUGUUUCUGCAAAUUAUGUAGCUCUUUGUUUAUUAAUAUCUGCAGGCCUUGUGACUAGGUCAUGUCUUUCGUGUAUCUCAAGUCAUCAGUUGACUUCUCCGCUUAUGAAUGAUAUAAACCACAAAAUGAACUAAAAAACAAUACAUUUUCCUUAACAGAUGUCAUAACUGUAUGUAGGGUCGAAUAUUUCUACAAAAUUUUGUUCUAGCUCUUUGUUUUUUCCAUGAUCUAUGGAGGAUGUGAUCACCAUGAACUGCUUGACUUAUUAACUUAACAUUAUCUAACUCUCUCUCUUUUUAGUCUUUGCAGGUCUUGACUAUUUCAUAUGCUUUUC